AUGCUGCGGCAACAGCUCCUUCGGUCAGUCAGGAAGCCCGCGCGGCUCUCCACCUUCAAUGCCCGCAGGACCUUCGCCGCCUCUGCCAACCGCCCUGCCGAGGUGGAGCUCACCAUCGAUGGCAAGAAGGUCGCCAUAGAAGCCGGCUCCUCCCUCAUCCAGGCCUGCGAGAAGGCCGGCGCUACCGUUCCCCGCUACUGCUAUCACGAGAAGCUCAUGAUCGCCGGAAACUGCCGUAUGUGCUUGGUCGAGGUUGAGAGGGCCCCCAAGCCCGUCGCCUCGUGCGCGUGGCCCGUCCAGCCCGGCAUGAACGUCAAGACCGACUCUCCCCUCGUCCACAAGGCGCGUGAGGGUGUCAUGGAGUUCCUUCUCGCCAACCACCCCCUCGACUGCCCCAUCUGUGACCAGGGUGGCGAGUGCGAUCUGCAGGACCAGUCGAUGAGAUACGGUGCGGACAGAGGUCGCUUCCACGAGCUGGACGGCAAGCGUGCCGUCGAGAACAAGAACAUUGGCCCAUUGGUCAAGACUUCGAUGAACAGGUGCAUCCACUGCACUCGCUGUGUCCGUUUCGCCAACGAUAUCGCCGGCGCGCCCGAGUUUGGUUCGACUGGCCGUGGCAACGACCUGCAGAUUGGCACCUACCUCGAGACCGCUCUCGACUCGGAAAUGUCCGGAAACGUCAUCGACCUUUGCCCCGUCGGUGCCCUGACCUCCAAGCCCUACGCUUUCAAGGCCCGCCCUUGGGAACUUGGCCACUUUGAGUCUAUCGAUGUUCUGGAUGGCCUGGGAUCGAACAUUCGCGUGGACACCAGGGGUAUGCAGGUUCUGCGCAUUCUCCCCAGACUGAACGACGACGUCAACGAGGAAUGGAUCAACGACAAGUCGAGAUUUGCUUGCGAUGCGCUCAGCACCCAGAGGCUGACGAUCCCGCUUAUCCGCCGCGACAACCAAUUCCAGCCCGCUACUUGGGAACAGGCUCUCGUUGAGGUUGGUGACGCCUUCCAGAGGAUUGCGCCCAAGGGCAACGAGUUCAAGGCCGUUUCUGGUGCUCUUACUGAGACCGAGACGAUGGUUGCCAUGAAGGACUUGGCCAACAAGCUUGGCUCGGAGAACCUCGCUCUUGACACUGCUAACGGCAACGAGCCCGUUCCCCACGGCAUUGACGUCCGCUCCAACUACACCUUCAACUCCAAGAUCUACGGCGUCGAGCAGGCCGAUGUUAUCCUUCUUGUUGGCACCAACCCCAGGCACGAGGCUGCCGUUCUGAACGCCCGUAUCCGGAAGCAAUGGCUGCGCUCUGACUUGGAGAUUGGCCUCAUUGGCGAGGACUUUGAGAGCACCUUCGAAUACGAGAACCUUGGCUCUACUUCCGGCAACCUGAAGGAGGCCCUGGCUGGUCAAUUUGGCGAGAAGCUGAAGAACGCAAAGAACCCCAUGAUCAUCGUCGGCAGCGGCGCCGUCGAGCACCCCGACGCCAAGUCCAUCCUUGAGACCGUGGGCGCAUUCGUCGAGAAGAACCAGGCCAACUUCAUCACUCCUGAGUGGAACGGCUACAACGUUCUGCAGCGCGAGGCUUCCCGCGCUGGUGCCUACGAAGUCGGUUUCACCGUUCCCUCUCCCGAGGUUGCCAAGACUAAGCCCAAGUUCGUUUGGUUGCUCGGCGCCGACGAGAUCAACGAGGCGGAUAUCCCCAAGGGUGCGUUCGUCGUCUACCAGGGCCACCACGGUGACAAGGGCGCUCAGCUCGCCGAUGUCGUCCUGCCCGGUGCUGCCUACACCGAGAGCUCCGGCACCUACGUCAACACCGAGGGCCGUGUCCAGAUGACCCGCGCCGCCACCUCGCUGGUCGGUGCCGCCAGGCACGACUGGAAGAUCAUCCGUGCCGCGUCUGAAUACCUGGGCAGCCCUCUGCCGUACGACGACAUUGAGCAGCUGCGCGACCGCAUGGAGGAGAUCUCGCCCGCGCUCAGGAGGUACGACGUGGUCGAGCAGACGGGUCUGCCUCACCUGAGCAAGGUGCAGCUCGUCGACGCCAACAAGGGCAGCCAGUCGUCGGAGCAGGCGCUCAAGAAGCCCAUUGAGAACUUCUACUUCACAGACGUCAUCUCCAGGAAUUCGCCAACGAUGGCCCGCGCCUCAGCAGCAAAGGCCGCCAAGGAUCCGCGCACCAACUUCAUGGCUCCGGGCGAGCCUUAUGCGCAGGUCGAGUACGGCCCGCCGGGCAGCCAGUCGGCGGCCGCGGCAUAG